AUGAAUCUUGUUCCACCUCCACAGAGACCAACAACUUUCUCAACUUUAAAGCGAUCGCUAUCUCAACCAAAGACUGCCCAGGAAACAUUGGUCAUCUCAGCAUAUCCUGAAAGCUUAAACAUGUCCCAACAGCAGAACCCACAGCCAACAUCGACAGCUCCCUAUUGUGGCUUAGGGGACUACACUUCACCAACUAAUCCCUAUUUGUGGCUUGGUGGAGUAAACAAUUCUUCUUAUUGUCUACAAGGAAAUGGCACCAUCCCUGCUACACUUAUGUCUUCACGUUAUGGACAACAGAGACAAUUUCUUUCAAGUCCACCUGGAUUUCCUAUUCCAGAUAUGACGUGGUUUUCCCAGGAAGACAUGCUGAAGAUGAGACCCCCAUACUCCUACGCUUCGCUGAUAGCCUUGGCAAUUCAAAGUAAUCCAAAAAAGAAACUAACUCUCAGCCAAAUCUACGAUUAUGUCCUAGACAACUACCCAUACUACAAGAAGGAUAAAGCAGGCUGGCAGAACUCCAUUCGGCACAACCUGUCCUUAAAUGACUGCUUUAAGAAGGUCACAAGAGAAGAAAAUGACACAGGGAAAGGACACUACUGGAUCGUUGAUCCAAACUGCAAAAAAGAUUUUGAUAACGGGAAUUUCCGCAGAAAAAGAAAGUCUAGAAAACUGAAGACUACGGAUGACCAGACAACCUUAAAUGAGAACAGUAAAGAAAGUUUCUCUGUGGAUAAUUUGCCCGCUUCAACCACAAAGCUUUCACCCCAGGACAUUACGAGUGUUUCUCCUCCAGCUGUCACUGAUACACCUUGUCUACGUAAUUUUUAUAACCGCAUGUCCUCUCUGGAUUCCAGUUCUGCAAAUGGACAGAUGCCAUUGGACCUAGUUUCGGAAGUAACACAAAGAAACAUUACAGGGUUCGGCAGUUUUGCACAGAAUAAUUUAAUGGAACCAUCUGCACAUGGGCAAGACAGUGGACUAUUUUAUAACAGUGCCCCUUAUUAUAAUACCUUCUCUUCUACCAUACAAAGUCAAGAAAUGCAGCCACAAUUUCUUCGUCCAUUUCAAACCCCUCCUUCCCCUCUCUACUCUGGAAUAUACUGA